CAAGGUUAAUAUUGUUUUUAAUGAUAUACGUGUUGUUAGUGUGAAGCCGGAUUAUGGAGGCAUGGAGAAGUCACGUGCGGGCAGCACUGACCCACAGGGACUACCGACAGAAAGAUCCUUUCUCUGGACUCUUCACUAAAGUGUCAAGAUUAGAAGAAAUGUUAAGUCUGCACAUGGAUGUAUGGGAGGAUUUGGAGAGAAGCAGAACACAGAGUCCAAAUAAAAAUUGCAAUGCCCAGUUGAGGAGUCCAAGUGAGGAGAAAAACCCAUCAAAAAUCUAUCUGCAGCUGAAAGAAGAAGAGCAAGUCAGAAGAAAGCUUGCCCAGAAAGUCUCAGACCUGACCAGUGAACUUUACCUGAAGGAAGCAGAGCUACAAUACUGUCACUCACAAGUAAGCCGCUAUCGCAGUGAAGCUGUGCUCUUGGCUAGAGGUUCAUGCUGUCUUAAAAACCAGCUGUCUGAGUAUGAAUAUCAAUUGGAAUGUCAGUCAAAGGAGUUGGCUGUAUUGCAACUAGAGCAGAGGACACUGAGGGAGGAGCUGACAAUCACACGUCAACAGAAAGAGGAGCUACUGGAACGCUGGUUGGAGGAGAAAAGAGAGGAGGCAGAGCGAAUUAAUAAGCACAACGCUGCACUGGAAAGGUGGAAUAAUUACGCCGGUCGACUGAGCAGACGUCUGUAUUCCAGGCCUCGUCAGCAAACACGACCAACUACUAACCCUCGAAUCAUCCAAAGAGAUUCAACUGAUCAACCAUCGAACAAGCAUGACUAAAUACUUCGCUAAUUUACUUUUAAUUUCAAUUUACUGAAACUAAAUUUGCAUUUUUACUGAAGCUUAAUAUAUUUAUUUAUAUAUAUAUAUAUAUAUAAAAUUUUUGUGAAUUUCAAAAUAAUUGGUACAAUAAAGUUUAU